GUUCAAGGUCGUCCGGUGUUCAUUAUCAAGAAUUUAGAUAUAAAUCUCCGUGACGUCGGUGCGAAUGUGCGCGAAACCCGCAUGCACGAAAACCUUUGCUGUAACACCGGCACAAUAACAUUCGUUUGUUGUUGUUGUUUAAAAGAUAUUGCGCGAAUUGAGUCUCGGGAUUGUUUUGGAGUGCGAUAUUAUUUUCGGGACAAGGAACGACAACAUAAUAUUGAUGUUUUGGUUGCCAUUUUGCUGAAAAGUCUGUACCGUCGCGCGAUUGGUCGACUUGGCGUUCGCGCACGCACGAUUGGUUAAUCUCCAGUCGACGCUGUACAUGUGACCUUUGAGUGUCUCCCGUUUUUUGGCGAAAAUCGUCAAAUAUCGUCGGAAAUUGUCGAAAUAUCGUGUGCCCCUCGCUUCCUUGACCGUUCGGCGACCGUUUGCGACAAGUUUUAGCGAGUGUCAUCGCCGAUUCGACCGUACGACCGAUUAUUGUCGAAUCAUUAUCAUGGUGUCCUGACUAUGAGUGGCAUGUGUUAUAUUUUUAAAUAGAUAUUGGUGUUUUCAAGGUUUUCGGUGAGUAUCGUUUCGCUUCCUACAUCAGUUUCGGAUGGCCCGCCGUGAUUUUCGCACAGUCUCGAUGCACGUCAUGCAGGCCAUAGCGAUGGGUGAUUACAUACCCACCGACUUCAAUCUCGAUCCCGGAAUAACAAUCAAACAAGAACCUAUAGCAAAUGAAUCGAACAUAAUGAUCACGUCCGCCAGUGUGCCCAUCCCUUUGCGAAGGGAUCCACCAGAAUAUAAGGAAUAUGUAUAUGAUAUGGAAAAUUCUCAGACACCCUUAUAUGGAUCUAUAGGCUUCACUAAUGACCAAACAUUCUCACCUACCAACACUUACGACACAUCGUCCACCUGGGGCAACCGGGUCUUGAAUAACGACGAAAUGCUCAAAUCAGAGGCGCUCAUUCACAUGGACGAAGACGACAUUUUCCAAGUGGACAAAGCUGACUUGUUCCAAGGUCCCACCCUGGCCGAACUGAACGCCAACGACGAGAAUCUUUUGGGCGAUUUCAACUUUGACGACUUGCUGUUGCCCAACGACUUGAAUUAUGCGACGUUGGACAGGGGGGCCAACUUGUUUGGUCAAAACAGUAUCAACCAAUUUAUAAAUAAUAAUCAAGUUAUUGGUGCUUCAUCGUCUGCUCCGCAGGCAACUCUGUUCUACAAAGAACUGGAGAUCGCAUCUAACGUGAACACGCCCAAUUUUGACUUCAACUCUCGCACGCCGGUAUCUGCUUUGUCGCCAGCUAGUCCGGCGAGCUCCAAUUCGUCGAUCAUCAUCAACUCGCAGUCUUCUCCUUUACACAUUCACACCAUGCAGCCGAAGCACAGCACGUUGCACGAUCUGCUCAUGAAAAAGGACAAAUAUGUUUCCCCCGAGAACUCUCUACUGGGUCAAUCGGUGCCAAGCCGCGAGUCUCCCCUAACAUCUCCCAAUGUCAAAAUGUACCGGAGUACGUCGAGGCUAUCGUCGUCGGCGCCCACCCACCUCGGCCUCGAGCAAAUCUGGCAGAGGCGGGAGCCCAGGAAGCACUUGCUGUCCACCAGCUCGAUGGCGGAGGCGGGCUCGACUUCGUCGUUGUCGACCGGCGGUAUUCUGAGUCCCGAUCCGCAAGACUUUUCCCACGACGAGUACGACAGCGACGAUGACAGCGACAGGCACUACGAGGACUACUCGUCGGACAACACUGACGACGAGGACGACGUCGGCGGGAAACACGUGAGCAAGAAGGAGAAAUACUUUUGGCAGUACAACGUCCAGGCGAAGGGGCCGAAAGGUCAGCGGCUCAUCAUGAAAUCGAAAAUGGAGAACCCGCACAUAUUGAACGAAGUGACAGAUCCGGUAUUUAGUCCCGAUUGCUCCGUUAGGGGUAUCAAGCAUAGCGGAAAGGCGAGGAAGGGUGACGGCAACGACUUGACUCCGAAUCCGAGGAAACUGUACAAUAUCGGCAAGGAGCUGGACAAGCUGGGACGGAUCAUCAACGACAUGACCCCCGUCAGCGAGCUUCCCUUCAACGUGAGACCCAACUCGAGGAAAGAGAAGAAUAAACUCGCGUCGAGGGCUUGCCGGUUGAAAAAGAAGGCCCAGCACGAGGCGAACAAGAUUAAGCUCAGCGGGCUCGAGACUGAACACAGGCGCUACUUGAACACUAUUCAGCAAAUAAAACAGGCCAUUGCGUUGAAAUUGAAUGACUCAAACUCGGAUCAGGACGGUCUGUUUAGGAAUAUUGACAAACUCUCCAAGGGCUGCGCAAAAUCAAAGGUGGCCGGUCACACAACGGAAUACGUCAACAAAGUCCUGGACAAAAUUAAAGGCGGGAACGCCCCAUUAUCGCGAAGUUUCACGGACGACUUAUAGACGAGUGUAGGUCAAACGCAACACCGAAUCUCGAUGCGCAUUUCUUACGGCGUUUUUGCGAUCCGCCGCUCCGUUUUUGUUUAUAAAAAAUUUGAGGUUAUGGGCAUUUCCGCGUGGUGGCUGGAAAGGUGUGCUGCAGCAAUUUUGUUUUCCGGAAUCGAUGGACGUUGAGUUUGUUAUAUAUUUUUUAAUUUUUUUAUUGUUUUAUCCCAGACAAAUGAUUGUGAAUUAGUCGAUUUGUUUAAUGGCGGAGCAGUACAGAUCCCAUCGUACCACAUUUUUUUACGACUGGUCUUCUAUUUUGUACAUACAAAUAGUUCCUAAUAAACAAUGCCCCCGGAAAAAAAUGGAAAUAGUAUACAAAUACUUAUAUUUUACAGUCUCGACGAUGUUGAGUUCCUGUACAUCGUUGGAUUUUAUACAGGGCGGGUUGAUAGGUAGCCCACAGUAGAACUUUAGCCCUUUAUAUUGCACCGCUGUAUAUUUUUCAGGUUAAAUAUAAACAUACAAAUGUUGGUAAAACAUUCUAAAUAGUGAGUUUAGGGAAUUAGAUCAACAGUUUACUUAAUUAAAAAAAUUCAUUUGCAUACAUCAGUGGUGCCACUAUCUGUCCCGCUCUGUACGAUUUAACCCUCAAAAAUACCCUGGCUGUGUCUUUAUACCUGAAAAAUUUGAUAUAUUUGGCAUGAAAUGCUUAUAUUGAAACAAAAAGAAAAUAUCGAGAACACAUUUAUAUCUUUUUUUUUUCUUCAGAUGUACACAUUUUAUUGGCCUGUUGCAUCGUUUAGUGCUAAUUGUAGCGAUUAAGUGUAUAUUAAGUUAUAUACAGGGUGCUCCCGGAAAGGUGUAGUUUUUUACGUCUCGACGUGAUCAAAAGUAGUAGGGAAUAUAUUUUUGAUAAGAGGUGUUUGCGGCUCACCUUGUAUAUAUAUAUUUUACUUGGCUACCGCCUAAGAAUAUUAUUAACGUACGUUUGGGGAUUUAAUUCGUAUAUUUUUGCCAGGCUAUGCUCGCGUGCGACAUUUUAUUUAUUAUUUCUGCUCAGGCAAGAGCAUAAAAAAAUGUAAUGUAACACAUGUAGGGAUAAAUCAAGUCAAUAUAUUAAGUGGUUCGGUUUAUAAAACCGAUUACUUCAUUAUCAAAUACAUAUAAUGUAAUUAAUUAUAUAUAUAAACUUUUGUGUUCAUAUUGUGAUAAAAUUAAUCAAAGCUAAGAUUUACAUAGGCGGGGCUUGGCCCAAACGAAUGUAGAUUCUUAAUUAAUGAAAUUCGAUUUUUAAUUUAAGGCUAGAAAGUGAAGAGAAAUUUAUGUCCGAUACUAUUGUCGAUUUGGGUGGGGCCUAGUCACAGCGAUUAUCGUUUUCUAGAGAACGCCAUAAAACUUCCCCUCUCUUUGGGUAACAACGUUUUGUUUUAUCAAUAAAUUUUACUAUGGACCAAUAAUGUCAGUGCCUUCGUGUAACGACACGACGUAAACAUUUGCAAAUUUUAUUUGUGGUGAAUGAGGGAGGAGUCCAAAAACCGGUGAUGUAAGAGGCAUCUCUGGAAAAUUCCAUUCUCACUCCAGGGAGUUGUAAAACAGGGAUUGUUUAAAAGAAAAAAGUUUUAUUUUGAUUGAGAAACAAUCACUUCACCUAUUUCACAAUAGUUUUGGAAACUAAGGCUGUGCAUUAGAUAGUGAUAGGGAGUUUAGGGUAUUUGUUAAGUUUGUAACGCGCGAGCCAAGUAAAAUUCAAAUUCGUUAAGUUGAAAUGGUUAGGAUUUUUAUUUGUUUGUUUUUUUUUUAACCAUCCCCUUAUAUAUAGUUUGUUAAUGGAUAAUAGAUGUUUACCUCAAAAAGAUGUAUAUUAUAACCCGUAUUCUUACAUGGAAAUAGUUACUUAUUUUUGCAGCUAUUUGUAAAACAAAAUCUUACCAAACCUACUUAAAGUCGCUAAAGAAAGUUGCCUAAAAAUUUUAUUUUUAUCAGAAGGGUAUAUAUGGAUAGUGGCACAAAAAUUCAAAAAGUUUUUUUCCCUAAUGCAUUUUUCAAAAAUAUUUAUUCUUACCACGAUUUGUUGGAAGAAAUUGAGUAUUUGUAUCCCCAUCAAUAUUAUCCUUUGCUCGUUUUAUUGCAUGUUUGUGGCAACUGCGGCGUUUUGUUUAAACAACUACCAAAUUUUUACUUCUAUGGUACUAUGCUAUGCUGAAUCAAAAGUUUAUCAGGUUCAGAGGUUCACGGUUAUAUAAUAUGUGUAUUUAUUUAAGUCGUUUUUUAUUUUAAUAUUGUAACUUCUGCCUAAAUAAAUAAAGUUAUGAUAUUAUGUCCAUCGCUAGGCUUAGUAUUCUUUCCCUCCUACUGCAGAUUGCCGAAGUAUUUAUAAAUAUAAUAAUAAUAAUUUCUCUG